UGACAUAAUUGAGCUCAGGUCUGAAGGCACUGGACCGUCCCGUACAUGAACGUCCCCACAGCUCCAACCAGACUAUAAAACGGAGGUGGCAUGAGAUCUUUCUACCUACAGCUGUCUGAAGCAUUCAGAAGAACAGAGGAGUUUCACUGACAGUGUUGAGAUGAACCCGGACGCUUUGACACGUGGACUGCUCUUCCUGUCUCUCGCCGUGACGGGCGUCCCAGGCAACACCAUCGUCAUCUGCGCCUUCCUCUCGCUGGCGUAUCACGAGGGCCGUCUCUCGCCCGCCGACGCCAUCGUGCUGCACCUGGCAUCCGCUAACCUCGCGGUGGUGGCCGUGCGCUGCCUGCUGGAGGUCCUGGCCACCUUCAGCAUCUACAACGUGUUCGACGACACCGGCUGUAAGGCGGUCAUCUUCAUCUACCGCACGUCCAGGUCUCUGUCCAUCUGGCUGACGUUCGUGCUGAGCGCGUAUCAGUGCCUCAGCGUGGCUCCGCCGGGCUCGCGUUGGGCCGGCGUCCGUGUUCUGGCCGGCCAGUACCUGGGAGUAAUUUUCCUGGCGUUAUGGCUGAUCAACACCUCUAUGAGCGUGGCUCCGCUGCUGUUCGCUGUAGGGGCCCGCAACGACUCCAAACUCACACAGAACGCCAUCAACGUCGAGUUCUGUUUCCUGAGCUUCCCGUCCAGGCUGUCGCGGGACGCCAACGGCGCGGCCCAGGUGGGGAGAGACGUGGUGCCCAUGGCACUGAUGGCGACAGCCAGCCUGGUCCUCCUGGUGUUCCUGUACCGCCACAGCCGGCGGGCGGAGGCUCUGCGGAGCGGCGGGGCUAGGCAGGGCCCGUCUGCAGAGCGGCGCGCGGCCGUCACUGUCGUCACUUUAGUCACGCUGUACGUGCUGUUUUACGGGGUGGACAACGGGCUGUGGGUUUACACGCUGACUGUGCCUCAGACGCUGGGCUCCUCGCUCAUCUCAGACCUCAGGAUCUUCUUCUCCUCGCUGUACGCCGCCGUCAGUCCCCUCGUGAUCAUCGUCUCAAACAAGAAAGUGAGCCAAAGAGCCAAAGACGCCCUCGGACGCUGCUCAGCCCCAUGACUGAUGAUUACUGUGGUAAAUGUCUGAUGCGAUGGACAGUCAAAGAGAGAUAAACCACAAAACAUGAUGGAUGUAACGUCUAAAGGGCUCGAUAUGUGUCAGCGGUCUUUAAUAAUGUUGGGACAUUGCAGUUGUGCAUUGUUAGGUUCGGUUACUGAAUCGUUUUUAACUAGAAAAGUGAAGUUUGAGAGAAGAGAAACUUUGAAUAUUGACUUGAUAAAGCCUUGUUUGAAUGUUUUUUAUAAAAUGUUAAAAAAGCCAUGAAAGGUUAUAGUCUUCACAGACAGAGAAAAUGAUGGAUGUAAAGAUGAUAGAUAGAUAGAUAGAUAGAUAGAUAGAUAGAUAGAUAGAUAGAUAGAUAGAUAGAUAGAUAGAUAGAUAGAUAGAUAAACAUUUGAUGAGAACAGAUUGUCCUGUUUCUGUGCUGUGAAUGUACUUGUAUUUGCAGGAAUCUGUCAGCAGGUGGCGUUUGUGUCUCAGAAAAACAUAUCAAACUGACCAUUUCUAAUGAAUAUCUUUGUCAGACUUGUUUCCAAAUCAUUUUUAUUUGUAAUCCAGAUUUUGCAUUUUCACAAUGAAAAACAUCAUAACACUGUUGAAUGACAUCAGCUGAGACUACAGGGCAACAGCAUUGGACGCAACGUCGUCCACAGACACACUAUU